AUGUCCAUACCGGACAUGAAGAGCUACCAGGACCACAGCAGAGACUACAAACAGAAUGGAGGCAGCUACUCCCAGCAAACCAUUGCUGAGACUCGGUGCUGCAGAGCUGAACCGAUAGCCUCUUACAGUCCAGUGAGAAAUGGCGUUCUCCUUCUGAAUGGAAUUCCGCCCGGGCGCCGUCAAUCGGUCCAAAGUUCCGUUUUUGUGGAAUGUGGCGAGAAAACCGUCAAGGUGUCAGUGAUGCGGGACUUCCUUGGACGCGGCCAACUGAUUAAAAGUACUGACCUUUCUCUAGGCGGCUGUGCCUUUGGCCGACUGCCUAAUUCCUCAGAUCUCUUUUUAGUGUCCGAGCUGCGGGGCUGUGGAAGCCGUAGAACGAUGUCUGGGGAUGUCCUGGUUUAUGUGUUCUCCCUGGUUCACAAGCCAAGUGUCCAGCCCUCCUCCACAAUUGUGAGGACCACAGAGACCCGCAUUGGGAUUGAGUGUCACUAUGUCAGGAAGCACAAUGUGAGCAGCAGUACCCUGAGGCCGACCUGGAUCUCUGUCACUUCCACUGAGCCUGCAGAACAGCCUGCAUUCUCCCUGAGGCUUAUGACUGAUGACUGGAGUUCUGAGAGAUCCUCCAACGUCUAUUUCCUCGGGGAUCUCCUACACAUCGAAGCUUCUGUUUCCCUGGACAGCCACCUUCCCCUCCGCCUCUUUUUAGACAGCUGUGUGGCUACCCUGGUCCCCGACAAGAAUACAAUCCCCAGAUAUGCCUUCAUUGAGAGCAAAGGGUGUCUCACUGAUGCUAAAUUUUUGGACUCCAAGUCUCGAUUUCUGCCCAGAGCCCAGGGCAACCAGCUCAGGAUGCUGCUAGAGGCCUUCAGGUUCUACUUGGACUCUAGAACCUCUUUCUAUAUCACCUGCUACCUGAAAGUGAAGGCCAUGUCGGAGAGUGGGAAGCAGAAUCCAUGCUGGGCCCAUUCACUAUGUUGGAUUCCCCCAUGGAACCUGAAACACAGAAUCGAGAUGGCCAAAACCCUGACCAAAAUGGUUCACACUCCCUCCCUGUGA